AAUUAAUAAUAAAGACGGAAAUGAAAUUAAAGAACUACAAUGAGGAUAUUCGAUUCAAAGUAAGGCAGCGAUAUGCUACGAUAUCCGAUUGGAUGUCAAAAACUAUUGAUUCUGAAAGUGUACCUGAAGUGAAACCUAGAUCUCAUUAUAGCACAGCAAAUAAAAUUCAACCGUCUGCUAUGAUUUCACUAAAGUUUCCUUUUCGUUUUUAUAAUUAGACCAAAGAGCAUGGAUACAGUUUUAAAUCGUCAACCAAGACUUUCCUAAUCUCAAUAACCAACAAUUUUACAAUCAUCAAAAUUCUAUAGAAAAUUUAUUGAUCCAAAUUACAUUACUCGCUCUAUCGAUUAUUCGGAAUUAGGAGAUUCCAAAAAUAAUAUAAAAAAGAAGAAACUCUAUUAAAAUUAGAGAGUAAAUAGAUAAUUCGAGGCUGUUUUUAAUAAGAUGAAACUCAUUUUAGAUUCAUACAAUAAUAGGGAAAGAGCCCUUUUAUAAUAUAUUUCUAAAUUAUAACAAGAAAUAGUUACUUUAAAAUAAGGGCAUAAUUAAACUCUUUGA